AGUGAAGUGAGUGUAGGGCGCGCAAAGUCUUCACUGCGGCAGUCACUGAUAAAGGUUACCGAAAUGUCAGGGAGACCGGGACUACAUAGGGUUUGCCACGUUGCCAGAGCAAGUUCACCGGAAGUCUGUCAAGAGAGGGUUCGACUUUACGCUCAUGGUUGUUGGCGAGUCAGGUCUCGGAAAAUCUACUCUUAUAAACAGCCUCUUCCUCAGCGACCUCUACAAGGAUCGCAAAACACCUACCGCUAGUGAUAGAAUCAACAAAACAACAGCCAUAGAGAAAAAGAGUAUGGACAUUGAAGAGAGAGGUGUUAAAUUGAGACUAACUGUGGUGGACACACCAGGUUUCGGAGAUGCAGUAAACUGUGAGGACAGCUGGAGAGCUUGUUGCAACUACAUUGACGACCAGUUCCGUCAGUACUUCAAUGAUGAGAGUGGCCUGAACAGAAAAAAUAUCCAAGACAACCGUGUUCAUUGCUGUCUUUACUUCAUCCCUCCAUACGGCCACGGCCUUAGACAAAUAGAUUUAGAGCUGAUGCGUCGGCUACAUGGCAAAGUCAACAUAGUUCCUGUGAUCGCUAAAGCGGACACCUUGACUGGUGGAGAAGUGAGGAAACUUAAACAGCGAAUUUUACAAGACAUAGAAGAGAAUCAAAUUCGGAUUUACCAGUUUCCAGAAUGUGAUAGUGAUGAAGACGAAGACUUCAAGCAGCAAGACAGAGAGUUAAAAGCUUGUAUUCCCUUUGCUGUUGUGGGCAGCAACACCAUCAUAGAAGUUGGAGGCUGCAAGGUCCGAGGCAGGCAAUAUCCUUGGGGUGUUGUAGAAGUGGAAAAUCCCAAGCACAGUGACUUUAGCAAACUGCGAAACUUCCUGAUAACUACCCACAUGCAGGACCUCAAGGACGUAACUGAAGAUGUACACUAUGAGAACUUUAGAGCACAAUGUAUCUCCCAGAUCUCACAAGCCAACAGAGAGAGAGGGAAGCUUAAACGAGACUCUGGAGCCCAAAUAGAAGGAGUCAUCACAGAAACUGACCGCCUGCUUCUACAAAAAGACGAGGAGAUCCGACGAAUGCAGGAUAUGUUGACUCAAAUGCAAGAAAAACUUAAGCAGACAGCUUCAAGAGACAGCAUUGUAAAUGUUUGAACUCACAUCUACAUGUAUUGUGCAUAUUGUGCAUUUGAAAGUGGUUUGUAGGAUUUUACACUAAGUUUACCUUGGUUAACACCAUGCCCUGGACUCCAGCAGUGGCGGCGAUAAGAGCCUGCGCCCCCCCUUAAGUUUGUUUGCCGGGGCCCCCCUCUCACAAUAAUCUUUAAAUACAUUAUCACAGGUAUUUCCGCCUAAACUUGCACUUUUGCUUGGCUCGGCAUCUCCCGAGGAACCGAGGCGUCAUUGUCUUCCAUGGUCACAGCAAAAUCGUGAAUACUUCCCGUGGUCAUGGAAGAAACAUUAUCAUAGUCUACCAUGAUUGCAACCAAACCUAUGACAUCAUCAGAUAACAACAUCAUCGUCUCCGACGUUCACUGCCCAAUCCCUAAUAUCUCCCACGACCCGUGGUGACGGGAAAAUAAUUUUUUCCACAAUCGUGGCAAAAUCCUAGAUGUAUCUCUCACGGAAAAAGAAACGUCAUUAUCGUCUUCCACAAAUGCGGCAAAAUAUUGAACAUCUCCUGCGGCCUCAGAGACAUCGUCAUCGUCACCCGCGGGGAAAUGUUCUUGUCAAUAUUCGCGAUCGUGGCAAAAGCGUAGGCCUAAUCUUUCAAUUUCGAGAGCAUAAUCCUCGCCGUCAUAAAAACGUUUACUUUAUAUUGGGCAUUAUUGUAUUGAGUACUUAGAAAAUUGGCUUAAGCUUGAUUUUAUGACUUUGUGCUUGAUCACUCAAGCUUGUAGGCCAGACUCUGCUCAGCUUGAAAAUUUACAUAAUAUAAAAAUCAACAGUUUCCAAAGCAAAAAGAUUUUGAACCGAGGCCCAUAGGUAAGUAACUUUUUUAAACUGACUCAAAAUAAAAAAUCUAAAGUGUGAAGUAAACAAAUCUAAAGUGCAGCCUCCUAAAAGUAAGAAAUGAAAUGAAAUGAAAAUCCUUUUUUAGCAUCAAUGAAAGAAUGGAAUUAUUUAUUAGCUAGUGCCCUAGACACCUAGGUUAAUUUGCCGAUUUUAUGGUAAAAAAUUUCAAGUUCAUUUAGUUGAAUCAGCAUAGCAUACCCUCUCUGGUGUGACCCGCCAGGGGCUAGGAGGAUUAACAUAAAUGUUUUAUCCUCUUAGGCAGGGGGCCACAUAUCAUGAUUGUAAGAAUUAACAACCACAUUAUAGCAACCACAUGUUUCCCUAUUAUAGCGCUAUCAUACAGUCCUUGAGGAAGUUGAUGCAACCUGCAUGACUGAUUACAAUUCUUUGAAUUAGGUUGGAAGAGAAUUUGUAUCAAUCGGUCAAGUAAUAGUGUUAGUUUAGCUGUUGUAAACUACCUGUCAUAGUGCUCUUACUGGUUUAAAAAAAAAUUCGUUAUAAUAGUAUAUUACGUUACUAGUCCUGAAAAUAAGUGUUUGCCGGACAAGUGUGGUUGUUCCCAUGUAAGACAAAGUCGAGUACGGGAUUACCAUACGCAGGGCCGGUUCUAGGAAUUUUUCAGAGCUAAGCGAACACCUGAAUCAGCGCCACUUAGGAUUUCCCCCCCCCCCCCCA